CCGGCCGCUGCUGAGGACCGUUACCCGGAGACAAGCGUCUGUCCGCGGCCACACACUCACCGCUGCUCCGCUCCCAGUGCGGAGCUGGAGCCGUGAUGGCGACAUGAAGAAGCCCGAGAGCUGCUGCUGGGGACAGGUCAAGCCAACAGUGAGCGCCCUCUGCUGGAUCAUGAGGCAAACAGUGUCGAGGCCGGAGCCGGGCCCAGCCUGAGGCGCAGCCGCCGUGGUGAUGGUGUUGAACUCAGGUGACGUCGUCAUGGAUCAGGUCGAGGGUGAACGUGUCGGGAGGAACAGGGACCUGUUGGAGCCAGAUGUCCGAGCAGAUCCACCUAAAACCACCAGCGGCUCUGCUGCAACAACCAGAUUGUCGGCCAAGAGUAGCAAUGUUGCCAAGAAGGAGAAGGUGUCCCACAACGGACUCCCAGCCCAGUCGACCAGCACCCUGGUAGAGAGGAGGUCAUCAUCAUCAUUAAAAGGUGGGGCCACGCCCAGACCCCUGCUCCGCCGUCCCCUCAGCCUGGAUAUGACGCCCCAGCGCCUACGAGGGUCUCAGGAGCAAAUUGCGGACAGGCGGAUAUUGAAGCCUCCUUGGCGAAGCGGAUCUGUGGUCCCCUCGCCCCCGGCACGCAGCCUGACCAGCCCCAGCCUGGGUGCAGGCGGAUGGAUGCGGCGGAGUGAAAGCACCUGCUCAGUCAACUACCCCCUGGGGUACCGGGCAAGCAAGGGGCAACUGCGACCUGCCGUCUCACUGCCCCACAUAGCUAAACAGGUGGGGGGCACGACGCUACCUACGUCCACCAGGCAGUGUUUGCUCAUUGCCCUCAGACCUCUGAACUUGGAGCAGGAGAAGCAGACGUUCUUUCAGUCCGACUACAAGUACGAGCCUCAGUUUGAGUAUGCCCAGCCUGAGCCGAGGAGCAUGCUGGAGAAGUACCAGGAGGGCUCGGGCCUCUUCCUCCAACAGGCCGUUGGAAUCAUGGAGUGCGUCCUGAGGAAGUUUGGCUCCUAUGAGAGCUUUGAGGAGGUGACGGGUGGGAACGUGCUUCCUAAGAGUCAGGUCUGGGCGGCUGUACGUAAAUACCUGCAGAAAGAAGGCUGUGUGGGAGAGGUGGUCGUGCGUUUGUCUGACGAGCUGCUGUCUCAAGCGGUGAUGGUGGUGGAGAGCUGUCGUCCCACUCUGACCAUUAACCUGGCGAGGGCUCGGCAGCACUGGCUGGAGGGGAUGCUGCGACAUGAGAUAGGGACACAUUAUCUACGAGGCGUCAACAACAACCUGCAGCUUUGGGCCACCUCGGACGGCAGGAAGCAGUUCGGCCUUAAACCGGCCAACCCCACGGAGGAGGGCCUGGCCAGCCUGCACAGCGUGUUGCUACGGAAACAGCCCUUCCUGUGGCGAGCGGCGCUGCUCUACUACACCGUGCAUCACGCCGCCAACAUGAGCUUCAGACAACUGUUCAGCCACAUCGCCCGAUUCGUCCAGGACCCCGACGUCCGCUGGGAAUACUGCCUGAGAGCCAAGAGGGGACAGACGGACACCUCGCAGCCGGGUUGCUUCAGCAAAGAUCAGGUUUAUCUGGACGGAAUUCUGCGGAUUCUUCGGCAUCGAAGGUCGAUCGACUUCAAAAUGUUGACGUCUUUAGGAAAGGUGUCGUACGAAGACGUGGAGAGGCUGCGACACCUGGCGGCGCUCCAGCGGACCAGAGUCCCACACUUCAUGCGAGACCAGGAGCGUUACCGGCAACAUCUGGAUCAUAUCGUGGCCGUCAACGAACUGGACGACUCCGCACUGCAACAUCUGCUGCCUUGAGUGUCUCGGCAGCGUCUGAAGCCAAGAAGAGGAAGACGACCCCGAAGGAUGCCGGGACACUGACUGUGUCACGUGACUCCCUGAAUAUCACGUAAUAUGUGGGCGAUCUUUGUAAAACUUGAAUGAUACAAACAAAAAGGGACGAACACACUAACACCUCUUAGCUACAUGUUCACUUUCGUCUAAUGCAUGUCCACAAGCCCCGCCCCACCGCCGCCUUUACUCCCACUAUAACGUUACCUCAACACUGCGAAGCUACGAUGUAAUAAACAUGAUAUAUGUAGACACAUUUCAUGUACAUAUUUAAACCUACAUAAUCACACAGGUUUUUUACUUUGACAGAACAAACUGAAUGUCUCUGGUUUAGCUUUAUAGCUUCUUUUUUAGUCACCGUUUUUUACGCCUUCGAUUAUUUGCAUUUUAAAAAGGACACCAAGGACCCUUGGACCUCUUCAACGCCCCGAGGAGCUGAGGCCAUGAAUCUCUCAAGUGCCAGUGGACUCAGUCAAAUCUUCAAUUUUUCCCCGGGAGCUUCUCAAAUAUCAGUGUUAUUAAAACCAGUGGUGUUAUUUCUGUGAGGUCAGAGUCCUUGGUGCCCUUUGGAGAUUUGAAUAUCAAUAUGCUACUGUGAUGUGACCCGUCCCCGAGCUCCCACCUCUGCGCAGCAAACUCAUUUUAUUUUGCAACGUUAAAGGAACAGUUCAGCGUUUUGGGAAACGUGCGUCUUGUCCCAGUCGUCAGCAUCGGGGGCAGUUUGAGUUCAGCAUCUUGCUCAUGGACACUCAAGCCAACUGAAGGAGUCAGGGAUUGAACCAGCAGCCUCCUGGUUUCUACCUCCAAAGCGACAGCAACUCUAAUAUUACUGUGUUUAGUUUGUUAUCCUGCUCGUCAAAUCAGAUCACUGCUUCAAAUCAACUGUUACUGAUCAACAGCGCCCCCUGCAGCCAAUCAUGGUGAUUAAACGUGUUGGUCUCUGUCUGAGUGAUGAAGAGUCUCAAUGUGUUGACUCUGACUGGGUCGUAACGCUGGAUAUUACCCAUGAUCCUCUGCUUCCUGACCCUGAAGAGCUGCAGCUGGAACAAAUCCACCAAACUCUGUUCAGAACUCUUCAUGUUUUAACAGUUUCCUGCUGAAUAUUGGAGAUAAACUCUGGUUUUUAAUAACUUCUGAGUCUUUUUAACUGAUCUCAGUUCAGCUUCACUCUUCAACUUGCUGUCUUCUCCAACAAGAAAUUGAAUGAGCACAUUUCCCAAAAUGUCAAACUGUUCCUUAAACUUAUAGAAAAAGUGCCUCAGUGGCAUCUUUUAUAAACCGUCGGGCUCUUUGUGACGCAGCCAAACUUAACCGUCCGUCAGACACGUCUCUGGCUGAGGAGGAGGGGCGUGUUGUGGGCGUGCCUUCGGUGGGUGUCGAGCUCAUCUGCUGUAGUUAGCCGUGUAUUUGUUGGCUGCUUUUUACUGUUUUUGACUCUUGUCAUGUCGGUCGUUCUGGGCCACGUCGUCUGUGAGCAGCAUCAGCAAUGACACACUGAAGAAAUCACAGAUUUGUUUAAGUCGCCAGUUUUUAACUUCAAAACCUCGACUAAAAUGUGAACCCCACUUCUUUGAUGCAUUUUACAUCCAUGGGUUUGAGGGUGAAACUGACCCUCGCCUGCUGACCUCACCGGCCUCAGCCCACUCGCCUGAACGACUGCACUCAGUGUUUGUAACGCACGAAUGUUGCACAAGUGUUUUAUGUUCUGGGAAAUUUCCAGUUUAUUUAUUAAAAGUGCACAAAGUGAA